GAGUUCUCCGUGGACAUGACCUGUGAAGGCUGCUCAAAUGCCGUCAGCCGGGUGCUGAACAAACUGGGAGGAGUUGAGUUUGACAUUGACCUGCCCAACAAGAAGGUUUGCAUCAACUCUGAGCACAGCGUGGACAUUCUGCUGGAGACCCUGGAGAAAACAGGAAAGGCUGUUUCCUACCUUGGCCCCAAGUAGCGAGGGCCUGGACCCCUGGGCCCAAGAUGGACCAAAGGGAGCAGGACACUGAUCUCCUGCCUUCCCGACAGACCAGGGGCCUGGCAGUCCUGCUCAGCGAUGGUAGUGACCCUCACUUGCCCUGCUCCUCCCUAGCUUCCCUGCAAUAAAGUUGAGCCGCUUUUGUUGG